AUGAGUUGUCAGAUCUCGUACAGAUCUCGAGGAAGAGGAGGAGGAGGCUGUGGAGGAGGAUUCCGGGGCUUCAGCAGUGGCUCGGCUGUGGUCUCUGGUGGGAGCCGGAGAUCGACCACUGGCUUCUCCUGCCUGAGCCGCCAUGGCGGUGGCGGAAGGGGCUUCGGUGUAGGCGGCUUUGGCAGUCGGAGUCUUGUUGGCCUUGGAGGGACCAAGAGCAUCUCCAUUAGUGUGGCUGGAGGAGGUGGAAGCUUUGGCUCUGGUGGUGGAUUUGGUGGCAGAGGAGGUGGUUUCGGAGGUGCCAGUGGUUUUGGAGGUGGCAGCAUCUUUGGAGGCAGCAGCGGCUUUGGAGGCGGCGGCUUUGGUGGAGGCCGUUUUGGAGGUGGCGGUGGCUUUGGAGGUUUUGGGGGUCCUGGUGGCUUUGGGCCUGGAGGAUUCCCCGGUGGAGGCAUCCACGAAGUCUCCAUCAACCAGAGCCUCCUGCAGCCUCUCAAUGUGAAAGUUGACCCAGAGAUCCAGAACGUGAAGUCUCAGGAGCGGGAGCAGAUCAAAAUUCUCAACAACAAAUUUGCCUGCUUCAUCGACAAGGUGCGGUUCCUGGAGCAGCAGAACCAGGUGCUGCAGACCAAAUGGGAGCUGCUGCAGCAAAUCCACGUGGGCACCGGCACCCCCAACCUGGAUCCCAUCUUCCAGGCGUUCAUUGCUCAACUGAAGAGAAAUGUAGAUACACUCUCUACAGAAAAAGCAUCACGAGAAUCAGAGCUGUGCAAUGUGCAGGAUCUUGUUGAGGAUUUUAAGAGGAAGUAUGAGGACGAAAUCAACAGGCGCACGGCUGCUGAGAAUGAUUUUGUGACGCUUAAAAAGGAUGUGGACAAUGCCUACAAGGUCAAGGUGGAUCUGCAGGCCAAGGUGGACCUGCUGAACCAGGAGGUUGAGUUCCUGAAAUUCCUCUUUGAUACGGAGCUGUCCCAGAUGCAACAGAGAAUCACCGACACGUCCGUGGUCCUGUCCAUGGACAACAACCGGGACCUGGACCUGGACAGCAUCAUCGCCGAGGUGCGCGCCCAGUACGAGGAGAUCGCCCAGAGGAGCAAGGCCGAGGCCGAGGCCCUGUACCACAGCAAGUAUGAGGAGCUCCAGGUUACUGCCGGGCAACACGGAGACAGCCUGCGAGAGAUCAAGGUGCAGAUCAGUGAGCUGAACCGUGUGAUCCAGCGACUGCAGGGAGAGAUCGCCCACGUGAAGAAGCAGUGUAAGAGUGUGCAAGAAGCCAUUGCCGAUGCGGAGCAGAGAGGAGAGAACGCCCUCAAAGAUGCCAACUGCAAGCUCUCUGACCUGGAGGAGGCCCUGCAGCGGGCUCGGGAGGACCUGGCCCGGCUGCUGCGUGACUACCAGGAGCUCAUGAACGUCAAGCUGGCCCUGGACGUGGAGAUCGCCACCUACCGCAAGCUGCUGGAGGGCGAGGAGUGCCGGCUGUCUGGUGACAUCGGCAGCAACGUGACUGUGUCUGUGACAAGCAGCACCAUUUCUUCAAAUGUGGCAUCCAAGGCCGGCUUUGGAGGCUAUGGUUCUGGAGGUAGAGGAUCCAGUUCUGGAGGAGGAGGAUACAGCUCUAUAAGCACCAGUUACACCUCUGGAAGCAGAGGGUCAAGCUCCAGAGGUGGCGGUGGAGGAGGCUACGGCUCUGGAGGAGGAUGCGUUUCUGUAUGUGGCUCCAAAGGAGCCUCUGGCUCUGGAGGGGGAUACGGUUCUGGAGGGGGAGGUUCUAGCUCUGAAAGGGGUGGUUCUGGCUCAGGUGACGCCGGAAUCGCAAGCUUCACUUUUAGAUAA